AAGACCGAGCGCUCACCUCUCUGGGGCGUCGCCCUGAUAUCACACGUGCUGCUCUGUCGGAGUAAAGGAGCAGCGCACAGUUAUAUUAUGUUCACAGUCACUCUUGUUGGUGUUCUGGCUUUCUGCAAGUGCUACAAUCUUCUGGAAGACCUACUCACAAUAUAAAAACAAACCACAACAUAUAUAUCUUCGGAGCAUUUUAGGGCGAGGACUCUGCCUAUCUCGUGCAACUGCAGCUGUCCUGAAUCUUGCAUGCUGUCUUGUACUGAUCCCUAUGUGCCGCAGCCUCAGCUCAGCACUCCACUCUACAUUUGGCCAUGCUGCACUUUCCUUCUGGUUGCAGAAAGGAAAGUUCAUCCAUAUAACUUGUGCCAUUACAAUUCUACUUGCUGCAGCUAUACAUACAGCUGCUCAUGUUGCAAAUGCAGUGAAUUUCUCCAGAUAUUAUUCUCACGAUUUUCCCGAAAUCAACUGGGCCAGUUAUGAAGGACAGGCCCCUUUGGCAAUGAUACUCACAUCAGUGGCAGGAAUAACUGGAGUGGCUAUGGUUGUCCUGCUUUGCAUCCUUGCGGUGAUGUCAGUGGGAUAUGUUCGCAAGAGACACUACAAUGCCUUCUGGUUCACACAUCAUCUUUUCCUGCCUUUUUUGCUCCUGCUGUUGUGUCACCCUCUCAGUGGUGUACUGAAGGAAUUAAAAAACCCAGAGGAACAUAUUCCUGGUUGCCUCAUAAAUGUCACUGGCAACAUCACAGAAGUGCAAAGUUCAAAACAUAUCUUAUGCAAAAGUGAAGCAAUUUUUGUUCCAAUGGAGUCUCAGGGUUGGCUAUGGAUUGUACUACCACUGAGUAUAUACAGCGUAGAUGCCACGUACAGAGUAAUGCGACGAAAUGUUAGAUCUGUAACUGUAUUACAAGUUACAAGACUACCAGGUGCAGCCAUCAGACUUCAGCUGCAAUGUUCCUUCACAUGCCAGCCUGGUCAGUAUAUCCUACUUCAGUGUCCUGUGAUAUCUUCAUUUGAGUGGCAUCCAUUCUCCAUCACAUCUGUAAGUAAUUUACAUGGCUGUUCCAGUUUCAGUAUUCUCAUACAGGCUAAGGGAGAUUGGACAGGUGAACUCUGUGGCCGUGUUUUGGUGCCUUUCUCGCACUGCCAGCAAACAACUGAGCUCUGCAGAUGGCCAUCUCCAGAACCAGUGAGGUUUCUGGUAGAUGGACCAUUUAGCAGUUCAUUGCAAAGCAUUCUUCACACACCAGUUGCCAUCUGUAUUGCAGGAGGUUCUGGAGUGACCCCAUUUGCAAGCGUUUUUCAAUAUCUAUUGGAUUGCACAGCACUUCCUCACUUACCAGAACGGUUACAUUUUGUCUGGUUACUGAAAAAUGUGGAACAGCUACUGUGGUUUGCAAGCUUACUGUGUUCAUUGCAUGACAGAUUCUGGAUGAACAACCAACCUGACCGUUUGAACAUAAUACUACAUGUCACAAAGAACUACAGCUCAGCGUGUAACACAGUUGAAAUUAGCCAGAAAUACAAGGUUUUGUUACACCGACUUCAGAAUGGUCGUCCAAAGUGGGGUAGUCUUUUUAAACAAUGGAAAAAUAUGUACAGAAGGCCAAAUGUUGCAGUAUUUGCCAGUGGUCCAACAUCAUUAACAAAAGAAAUUAAAAAACAUUGUUAUAAAUGUUCAAAAAAUGGCACAUCAUUCAGGUUCAUGCGUGAAUCAUUUUGAGAAUGCAGUUGAAACUGCCAAAAAUACCAAAGAUAGUGUUUUAUUGUUCAAGAAUAUUUUUGGAAUAUUGUAUUAUAUUAUUUUGUAUUGUCUUUUGUUAAAUAUAUUUGAUUUUGUUAUA